GUGUGUGUGUGUGUGUGUCUGGCGCCUGUCCAAGGUGAUUUCCCAUAAACCACAUGCCCCCACAAGUCCUCUUAAAAGGCUGUGCCGAGGAGCUGGCCAGUGGAGACCGGCUGGUGGAAAGUGAAAGUUGCCUGGGUGCUCUCGGCGCCGCCGCCCGCUUUCCGCACCCCCGGGACUGCAGCGCGGCCCUCGGCCGGGGCGCGGGCUCUGCGGCGGCCAGCGAGCGAGCGAGCGAGGGCGGCCGACGCGCCCGGCCGGGACCCAGCUGCCCGUAUGACCGCGCGGGGCGCCGCCGGGCGCUGCCCUCCCACGACAUGGCUGAGCCGCCUGCUGCUGCUGGUCUGUCUCCUGGUGAGCAGGAGUAUUACCGAGGAGGUGUCAGAGCGCUGUAGCCACAUGAUUGGGAACGGACACCUGCAGUUCCUGCAGCAGCUGAUUGACAGUCAGAUGGAGACUUCGUGCCAAAUUGCCUUUGAGUUUGUAGACCAGGAGCAGUUGAAAGAUCCCGUGUGCUACCUUAAGAAGGCCUUUCUCCUAGUGCAAGACAUAAUGGAGGACACCAUGCGCUUCAAAGACAAUACUCCCAAUGCCAAUGCCAUCGUGACGCUCCAGGAACUCUCUCUGAGGCUAAGCAGCUGCUUCACCAAGGACUAUGAAGAGCAGGACAAGGCCUGUGUACGAACUUUCCAUGAGACACCCCUCCAGUUGCUGGAAAAGAUCAAGAAUGUCUUUAAUGAAACAAAGAAUCUCCUUAAAAAGGACUGGAACGUUUUCAGCAAGAACUGCAACAAGAGCUUUGAGAAAUGCUCCAGCCAAGAUGUGGUGACCAAGCCUGAUUGCAACUGCCUGUACCCCAAAGCCACCCCUACCAGUGACCUGGCCUCUGUCUCCCCUCAGCAGCCCCUUGCCCCCUCCACGGCCCCCAUGGCUGGCUUGACCCGGGCUGACUCUGAGGGGACAGAGGGCGGCUCCCUCUUGCCCAGUGAGCUGCCCCUCCGCACAGUGGACCUGGACCCGGGCACUGCCAAGCAGCGACCACCCAGGAGCACCUGCCAGAGCUUUGACUCUCCAGAGCCCCCGGGUGUAGAGGCCAGUCCUAUCGGAGACUCACCUCAGCCCCAGUCCUCUGCCGGGGCCCCCACCCCUGGGAUGGAGCACAUUCUUGACUCUGUGUUAGGCACUAACUGGACCCUAGAAGAGGCCUCCGGAGAGGCUAGUGAGGGUCCCGUACCCCAAGGGGCAGAGCUUUCCUCCUCCAGGCCGGGAGGAGGCAGCAUCCAGGCCAAGAUGACCGCCAGGCCCAGUGACCUCUUGUCAGCAUCUUUUCCAUUGUCCUACUCAGCCAGGAGCCAGCAGCCAGAGGACAUGACUAGCAUACCCCUGCCCACGGUGGGCCCUGCGAGACCCACUGGCCAGGCCCAGAGUCAUACACCUGAGAAGACAGACCGUCCAUCUGCCAAGCCCAGAGACCACCAGGAGCCAGGCUCUGCCAGGACCCCGUCGCGGCCCCCACGAAGCCUCAGCAGUCUCAGGACCCCGUCGCGGCCUCCACGAAGCCCCGGCAGUCCCUCGGCCCUCUCUGCACAGCCAGGUCUUCCCGGAAGCCACUCCUGGGGCCAUGUGCUGCCCCUCAGGGAGUUGGAGGGCAGAAGGAGCACCAGGGAUCGGAGGAGCCCCACAGAGCUGGAAGGACAAGCAAGUGAGGGGCACAGGCCCUCAGCCCGCUUUAAUUCCGUUCCUUUGACUGACACAGGCCAUGACAGGCAGCAGGAGGGACCCUCAGACCCUCAGCUCCCCGGGUUUGUCUUCCGCCUGCUGGUGCCCAGCAUCAUCCUGGUCCUGCUGGCCGUCGGCGGCCUCCUGUUCUACAGGCAGAGACGGCGGAGCCAUCGAGAGCCUCAGACAGUGGAUUCUCCCAUGGAGCGACCAGAGGGCAGCCCCCUGACCCAGGAUGAGGACAGACAGGUGGAGCUUCCAGUAUAGAGGGGUUUCUAAGCUGGGCGCACAGGACAGUCUCUCCAUGGGACGAGACAUCAUGGGGGCGUCCACCACCACCCCUCCCCAGCCAUUCUCCUCGCAAUGUGGCCUGCCCACCACGAGAGCUCCUGACCAGAGCAGUGAGGCUGGAGUCCCUCUGCCCUCGACCCUCAGACUCUGGACUGACCAGGAGAGGGCUGGAGGUUGCCCUCCACGCUGCUGAUAUUUAUCGUGGGCCCUGGCGGCUCCCAUCCACUGGAGGAAGGCUGGGAAGCUCGGCUGAGGACCCUCUGCGCCUCAGGGGCUGUGUUCUCCUCCUACUCCCCUCCAAGCCACACCUGGGCCAGGGACCCAGAUACCUGUAGGACGUGGGAGAGCAGGGUGGGCACCGAGGAACGAAAGAGCCCUUUGCCCAGAGGACCGCCUGGUGCCUAGGGAUGAUGCCAGCACCGACAAGCAGGGACUUGUCUCCAGCGAGAGAAGCAUGAGAUUGGCAGGGCGGGACAGCGUCAGCUGGAUUUCCCGUAAAGGUGUGCGGCCCAAAAGACAGGAAGAGAAGGCCUCUGGGCCUGUUGGUCUGCACUGACAGCCUGGAGCGUGUCUGCACCCUCCGCUUGCCCAAGUGCCCUCUGCUGGUUGCCAGACAGAGAGGAGAGGUCAGCCCUGCCCUCGGGACCUGUCUGGCUUGGCUCCAAUGCCAAGGGGAAGACCAGGCUCUGGGAUCUGCCCCACUUUCCCUCCAGCCCUGCCAGAGCUUCUCCGGGAGGCUGCGCAGAGGCUCCCCUCACGAAGGAAGCCAUUGCACUGUGAAUACUGAACCUGCCUGCUGAACAGCCUGCCCCGUCCAUCCCUGUGAGCGAACAUCUGUCCGGCCUCCUGCCCCUCCAGCCUCUCGCCAGCUUCCUGCACUGAGUGCCCGAGCCGGCCUUGCCUGUCGACUGAGGGAGCCCCUAAGCCCUGACCUUCUGCUCACCCAAGCUUCAACUCCCCAGGGUGGAUGGGGUGGGAGAACUGCCUGGGCUGCCAGCCAGAGCUGGUCUUUAGGCUGCGUUGUUCGCCCAGGUUUCUGCAUCUUGCACUUUGACAUUCCCAGGAAGGAAGUGACUGUGGGAGGGCGGGCAGGGAGGGCAGAGGCAGACCCAGAAGGAGGCUGCGGGGUGAACUCUGACUGAAAAUGGGUCUUUGCAAUUAUGGGUAUACCGCUGAGGUGGGGGGAGGCGUCUGCACCCUGACCCUCCGGCCCAAGUCUCCUUCCCUGCACCAGGCCCCGCCCCCCUCAUAGCAGCAGGGCAGUGCUGGCAGGCACCCGGCUGUCCCCGUGGAAGCCCUGAGGCUGGCCUUGCUCUCCAGCAUCUCAGCGCGGCACCCAGCUCCCAUUCUCAUCCCCCCCCCCUCUUCCUCCACCUGGGUAGGCAAUGAUACCCCCAGCUCUCACCCCUACACUGUCUCUCUGGCCGGGCCAGCCGGGGUGGGAGAGGGACCGGCUAUCUGCUUCCAGUUCUGUCUUGAGGGCUUCAGCUUCCUGGGCCAGCCUGUGGCCACCGUUCUGAGAACUGGCAGCAGGUGACAGGGCUGCUGAUUGCCCUUGGUCUCUUUGUGCUGCUGCAAUCCCUCCUCUCUGCUGCCCUGGGCCCUCCGCUGAGAGAUCCCACCCUUCCUGGCCCCUGGGCCGAGGCCCAUGACUUUUCUUCCUGCCCUCGAAAGUUGGGGUCUGCUGGCCCCCACCGCCCCUGCCCUGCCGCUCUCAGCCGAAGAAAGAGCAGCGGGGAACUUGCCCUGUGGGGGCUCCUUCUAGUCACAGACUCUGUAUUUGAUGCUAGAGUAUAUGUAUUUAAAAGUGAAAGGGAAAAAAAAAAAACCCACAGAAAAAAGGCAUUCCUCCCCCACCCCAAACAUAUAGUAUUUUAAAAGUCAAGAAAGCAAAUCCAACUCCUUGCAGAAGCUCUUUGUGGGCGCUUGGUGACACAGGUGCGGGAGGGGCCCCGGACCUCUGGGCUGCUCCCCCGGCUACCUGCACAGGAAUCCCUUCUUUGAGAAAGCCGAGAGGGAACAUUGGCUCACACACUGUGAGAUUUUGUUUUUAUACUUGGAAGUGGUGAAUUAUUUUAUAUAAAGUCAUUUAAAUAUCUAUUUAAAAAAUAGGAAGCUGCUUAUAUAUUUAAUAAUAAAAGAAGUGCACAGGCUGCCACGUGUGAGUCAUGGGA